AUGUAGUCAGGUCUGCCCACUGGAAUACAGAUGACCUGUUAUGGGCAAAUCCCUGUGAUGGAGGGGACACAGUGGACUCGAAACUUCUCGCGAGGUAUUUUUUUUUCCCCUUCCGAAACGCUGCUGGUGCUGGCUGGCUUGGCGUGGAGUGGGGAUUGUCGGCGUAAGGCACUACCACUAGGAAAAUCAGGGUAUGGAGCGGUGGCGCAAUGGUUAGCGCACUGCGCUAUGAACAGCCCAGAGCACGGCUUGCAUUGAGUGGUGAGUGCGAGCUGGACCGGUCCCGGGCCUGUCACCAACACGCACCGACCAGCGUGGUGAAGUAUGGUCAACGGAAGUUUGAUCAAAGGAAGUUUGGUCAAAGGAAGUUUGGUCAAAGGAAGUUUGGUCAAAGGAAGUUUGGUCAAAGGAAGUUUGGUCAAAGUAAGUAUGGUCUAAGGAAGUUUGGUCUAAGGAAGUUUGGUCAAAGGAAGUUUGGUCUAAGGAAGUUUGGUCAAAGUAAGUUUGGUCAAAGGAAGUUUGGUCAAAGUAAGUUUGGUCUAAGGAAGUUUGGUCUAAGGAAGUUUGGUCAAAGGAAGUUUGGUCAAAGGAAGUUUGGUCAAAGUAAGUUUGGUCAAAGGAAGUUUGGUCAAAGUAAGUAUGGUCUAAGGAAGUUUGGUCUAAGGAAGUUUGGUCAAAGGAAGUUUGGUCUAAGUAAGUUUGGUCAAAGGAAGUUUGGUCAAAGGAAGUUUGGUCAAAGGAAGUUUGGUCAAAGGAAGUUUGGUCUAAGGCAGUUUGGUCAAAGGAAGUUUGGUCAAAGGAAGUAUGGUCAAAGGAAGUUUGGUCAAAGGAAGUUUGGUCAAAGGAAGUUUGGUCAAAGGAAGUUUGGUCAAAGGAAGUUUGGUCAUAGGACGCGGCAUUGUCAGUUAGAUCCUCGUCCAGUAAUGGGCUCCAUUCAACAGAAGGGGCCGUCAAUAACGAAUCAUCAGCCACGACUAAUCCACUGCUGGAUGGAGUCACUGCUGCGCGUUACUCGCUCCCGCUGCCUGCGGAAGGACCUCGGAGGAGUACUUGGCCUGCUCUUCCACGCUGCCCAGCACGUCUUCGAAGGGGGUAAGAAGUAGGGCUGAACGAUUAAUCGAUUGCAAAUCGAUAUUUGAAACAAUGCGAUUAGCAAAUCGCUGGGAUUUUUUGCGAAUUGAAAAGUCCUAUUACUUUCUUAUUGGAAUCGUUUUAGUUAUUAUAAUAACUUUAUGUAUUUAACUUAACAAUUGUUCUAUGUUUGAUUGUUCUAUUUCAAUUAAAACAUUUUAAUAAAUGACAUGUUGGAAGCAAUUAAUAUAUUUUAAG